AGCAAGAAAAUCAUUUCUUCUUUUCGUGGAAGAAACAUGGCAACAAUCUCGCUUCCAAGGCUCAUCGUGAUCAAAUCCAAAGCUUACACCGAAAAAGGCCAUGCUUACUUCAAGGCCGACGGCGCUUCCGUACUUGUCGGUGAAGAGGACAUAUUCAGCACGCUCGUCAAGAUUGAAGUCGAGCGUUCUACCACCAACACCAAAUAUGUCAACCUCAAAUUCGGUUAUUUCAACAGGUACUGGCGGCACAAAGAAAACGACAAAUUCAUCAUUGCUGAGUCUGACCAGCCACAAGAGGACGUCACACAGCCCUCCUGCACCUUGUUCGAGCCCGUCAAGGUUGACAAUGCCGGCGUCUUCUACUUGAGGCACGUCCAGAGCGGGGGCCGCGUGUCACUGGACGGGUCCAUCAUGGCCUUUUACGUGAACGAAAAUUCCAGUGAUGAUGACAAAAGUUACCUAACUUUCGUCGACUGGAAUACAUUAGUUAAAUUGCCGGCAAAGGUGGCCUUCAAGGGGGAUAACGGCAAGUAUUUCUCAACAUACGCGAUACCGCUGUUUGAACUCGAUGAUCCCAACGACGACAAAGCGAUCUACACAGUGGAGAUGCAGCCGGAUGGAUACGUCCGAAUUACAGCCCCCCGACGUGGCCUAUGAAGGAUACGAAGGAUCUUCGUUGGUCGUAAUAAAUGGCGAACCUGAAUUCAGGGUAAUGUUCUCGAAAGUCGAGCUGAACAAACUCUGGCCUUCCAAAAUGGACGAAAAUUCAAUCGCUCUCCGCAGUACAGCCAACAAUAACUUCUGCCGCAUACGAUAUAUUCCUGCUCUCCCUUACUAUCUUAGCGCAGACGUCCCGAUUAUAACCAAGGAAGCCAUAAUCAAAGUGGAAGAGCCCGUGCUGGGACGGAAGAUCUACAAUGUGGUGUAUCAGAUGGAGUAUGCUCGGAUUUUCAACGAGGCGCCUUAUUUGGCAGGCUCGGCCACGCUUAUUAAUGACAAAGAUGACAUGGCUUCGAUGCAAGCAUUGGUUUCGUAUACAGACGAGAGAUCAUACACUUUUAGCCGGAGCCUGUCGCUGAGUGCGGGGGUCAGCACCACCAUCGAAGCGGGCGUGCCCUUCAUUGAGAAGGCGUCGAUUACGGUGAGUUAUGGGAUAAGUGGGACAUUCCAGUGGGAGGAAACGACAACAACGACGAAGAUGGUUCAAGCGAGUGCUACGGUUCCUGUGCCGGGGAGGACUAGUGUGACGCUUGAUUAUGUGGGAACGAGAGGGACUUGCAAUAUUCCUUAUUAUUACACUCAGGAGGAGAAGAGUUCUGCUGAUGCCCAGAUUUCUUAUGCUGAUUUGGUUGAUGGUAUUUACACUGGCGUCAAUUAUUACAACUUCAACUUUCAUGUUAGAGAUACCAAGUCACUUUGAAGUACUACUUGUUUGUGUCCAAAACAUCCAUAACCUUUUGUUGUUACUGUUUGUGUGCUUUGUUUGUUUCAACCUUGGUUUCCUUUUGUUGUGGCUGUGAUAAUAAUCUUGGCAUGUUGCUUGAUAUAUACAAAUGUACACUUUUGGUUGAUUUGAAUCAAA